GGCUUCACAUUCUUAAAUAUAAUCAGUGAGACUGAAGAAAUCGAGAAGACCACAAUGAAUUCUUUUAAGAAUCAUUUUCUUUACUUCAUUCUAAUUUUAUUGGAGAUUUCUUUUGUUAUUUCAAAUCAUAUUGGAUGUCGAGAUGAGAAAAAUAAUUUGAUUGACUGGUUUUAUCUGUACAAGUUGCCAAAUUCAAUCGAACUUGAUAACAACAUUGAGUCGUUAAACACUGGGAAGAAAUAUCUUUUCAUUACUCCAUCAUCAUCCCAGUGGAUUGCAUCAAACAAUUCAAUCAAUGACGAGUUUUCUAUGCCUGGAUUGACAUUAUCCAAUAUCUAUGAUGGAAAAAGUCGGAAAAAUAAUAUUGUCAUGAUUUAUAACGAUGAACCUUCGAAUGGUCAUACAAAAGGUGUUGUCGUCGCAAAUGACAUUUCUGGAUUUUGGAUGGUUCAUUCUGUUCCUAAAUAUCCACCAGCAAUGGAAGAAAAUUCUUACAGCUUUCCUAAGAGUGGAGAAAUCUACGGGCAAAGUUUUCUCUGUAUAAGUUUAGAUGGAAAUCAGAUUGACAAAGUUGGAAAGCAAUUGAAAUAUAAUGAAGCUCACUUUUAUUCUUCUCAUGUACCAGAACAUUUAAAAACAAUUUAUCCUUCGCUUGUGGAUGCGUUGAAAAUGGAAACUAUCGACGUUCCUCCCUUUUAUAACAUUGAAAUGUUAGAAUCCAUAGGUGGAACGAUGUUCACCUCGUUUGCAAAGUCUCGGAAGUUCAAAAAGGAACUUUAUGAAGAUUGGGUUGCACCACAUUUCGGUGCCGGCAAUUAUUUUGUUGAAACGUGGCGUCAUGGGCCAGGAAACAUCAAAAGCGAUUGCAUGAAGCUUUCAAAAGUUUAUAAUAUCGAAACAAUUUUAUUUGAUUCAACAUCAAAAAUUGAAUUUAAAACAUUACACGAUCAUUCUAAAUGGAUGGUUUGCAUUCAACAUGAUUUAUUAUGCGUUGGAGAUAUCAAUCGACAAGAACAUCAAAAAUUGAGGGGAGGUGGAACUGUUUGCCAACAACACAAUGUAUCAACGAGUUAUAACAAUUUAAUAAAUAAAUUUGAAAAUUGUCAGAAUUAAAAUCUUCGUCGUAUUAAUGAAUCAAGUGAAGAAUGAUUUCUUAUGCUUGCGAAAGAACUUUUUAGAAUUUCAACUACUAACUAA